UGCCACCCACUUGCCACUGACACAUGGAGGAUCUCGGCCCUACUGCUCUUUCUUUCUUUCUCUCUCUCUCGUCCCGCCCACAUUUCACUUCAGCCACAGACGCCUUACAGCCGCACAGACACGCGCCCCAACCUCGAUUUACACGCACCCCAACACAUGCACGCACCCCAACCCACGCACGCGCCCCAACACACACGCGCCCCAACCUCGACUUACCCCAAUACACGCAAGCACCCCAACACACGCACGCACCCCAACCUCGAUUUACACACACGCACGCACCCCAACCGUACAAUAAUAUUUUACCCUCCCACACACAGAACCAUGGCGGUAAGGCUACUAUAACCAGGGGCAAACUUACCAUUAGGCGAAACUAGGCGGUUGCCUAGGGCCCCAAGUUCCUGAGGGGCCCCGUAAAAAUCCUCAUACACUAAUGGUUAAUAAAGUUAUUACUUAUUUGCGCAUAUUAAUUCUAUAUAUUUUCAAAAUUCUCUCGCUAAAAUGCCAGGAGAAUGCGUAUUGUAUUACGUGUGUGUCGCCCCCCCUCCCCCCCUUUAGUGUCCACUACGUUGGAUCAGUCCAUCUUUACUGCGCAUGUGCAGAACGGAUCCAAGAAACCGGCAAAACGAAAACCAAACUGUGCGAAAUGGCGAAAGAGAGUAAGAGUAUCACAAGGAUGAAGCGAAGCUACCCCAGCGGUGCUGAAAAGAGGAGGAAGGAGGAAGAAAACAAAACAUUUACUUCAAAGUUGGAGAAAGUGACAAGUUUCGUCACUGCUCCUACGGCAGCGGCCAGCAGCAGCAGCAGCAACCCACCACUUGCUCAACCUGUUGAGGAGGGUCUGUCGUGUGCAAAUGAACAAACUGAGACAGGGAUGAGCUGUGAGAGCUCUCCAGCAUCAUCCAUUGUACUUCUAGGAAAUGAUCCAGCACUCUGGCCAAAACAGCUGUCGGAUAGUGCACGCUGCUCAAUAGUGGAGAGAGGACCACUUCAGGUGAAGGACGGGAUCUUCCUGAGGAAUGAAGACGGGCACAGAUUUACCAGCAGCAACUACUACAUGCAGAUGAGAAAUGGAGAACAGAUAUGCAGAUCAUGGCUUGUCUACAGUGAAAAGAAGGGCCGCGUUGUUUGUUUUUGCUGCCGCCUAUUUGGAAACAGGGUAAGGAGCAAUCAGCCGAGUGAGAAUGGGUUUAAUGAUUGGGAAAACAUUUCAGCCCACCAGAGACAGCAUGAAAAGUCUGCUGAGCACAUUGCAAAUAUGGAUGCUUGGCGCAACCUAUCGCAGAAACUCCAGACACACGCGGCUAUCGAUCAGAUGAACCAAAAUCCCCCAUGGGGCCCCAUGGGCCCCUUGAGAUCUGCUCCAUCCGACCAGGUUCUCUCUGAAACGCGUUCCAGUGAUCAAAGAAGCCCGCGUGGUCUACACAUUGUUUUAGCGUGUGUCCUGUUGAGAGGAUAGCAGCUACCGAUGAGCUAACAUCAAUAGAAUUAUCAAUAAUCACUCAGAAAACAAAUGAACAACAGGGCACCGGCUUAUAAAGAGACUAAUAACCAGAAUAUAAGUCUCACAAUUGAAAUUCCCUCAUUAAGAGAAAAGAAUUAAGAGGUUUCAUUUUGAGCUCCACCUGCAGGUGGAUCACAGACUUCCUGUCUGACAGGAAGCAGCACGUGAAGCUGGGGAAACAUGUCUCAGCCUCUCGGACCAUCAGCACCGGUUCCCCCCA